AGCAUAACUCUUUUGACGACUUUGGAUGGUCGAGAUCCUCUUACUAAUUUUUUGUAUCGCCUUAUUAAGCAUCUGUCGCAAGUCUAGACCCAACAACUGACAUUUACCUACCUCUUCCCAGUAGAUCAAAGUUCGACACCUUCGUCCGUAAAGCGCCUCAAAAGGAGCCAUCUAGUUAGUUGCCUGAUAAUUAUUGUUAUAGGUAAAUUCUAUCAAAUAUAGAUAAGUAUCCCAACCACCGGCAAAAUCUAGUAUGCACGCACGCAACAUAUCCUUGAUAAUUUGAUUCAGUCUUUUUGUUUGCCCACUUGUAAACCGAAUAUGUUGACUUCUCUGGUAUAAAAUGAGUUGUCUUAGUUAGUCUGUCUACAACAACCCAUAUCACAGUAAAUCCUGGUCGGGUUCUAGGUAAUACUGUAAUAAAAUCCAUGGUCACCUCUUCCCACUUCCACUGGGGCACGUUUAGGGCUUGCGGUAAUCCAGCAGGUUUUUGUUUAGGUGUCUUAACUCGUUAAUAAGUUAAACAGCUAAUCACAUAUUCAGCAACAUCCUCAUCCUAGGCCACCAAAAACAUAUUUUCAAGUCUUGAUACAUUUUAUCACAGUAUAAGGUGACUCAUGAGCUUCAAAUAAAAUCUUCCUUUUGAUCUCUACAUCGUUCGGUAUGCAUGUUCGAUUCUGCCAUUUCAAACUACCAUCAACUGCUACCAAGAAAUCCUUGGCUCUCGUAAACACAUGCACACAAGAUUCUGCUCCCUCUCAAAUAAAUAAAUAUACCUAUUUCUUCUUCUUCUUCUUCCUCCUCACUUGGAGGCAAUGAGCGGAGGAAGAAACAGGCUUCCAUUCACUGCAGCUCAGUGGCAAGAGCUGGAGCUCCAAGCCCUCAUCUUCAAGUACAUGUCCGGCAUCCCUCUCCCACCCCAUCUGCUCUUCACCAUCAACACAACCUCUUUCCACUCUCCUUUCAUUUCCACCCUCUUUCCCCACCAAUAUGCCCACGUUGGAUGGAACUAUUUGCAAAUGGGUUACGGGAGGAAAAUCGACCCUGAGCCUAGAAGGUGCAGAAGAACAGACGGCAAAAAAAGGCGAUGCUCCAAAGUGGCAUUCCCGGCUUCUAAGUACUAUGAGAGACAUAUGCACCGAGGUAAAAACUGUUCAAGAAAGCUCAUGUAGCUUUAAUUCAUUCAAUUCUGCAGGAGCCAUCCUUAGCUCUCACAGCUACACACUAAGUCAUAUGAACCCCUGAUUCAAUAGCUCA